AUGCCCACCCCCCUCAAAAUCCCAUCCUUCACCCCCCUCUCCCCCUGUACAUCCAUCUACAUCCCGCCAUCAUCAUCCCUCACCAAACCCACUCGUCAAACCAUAAACCCCCCUCCACCGCUCAUCCUCCUCUGCGCAUACCUCAACGCCUCCGCUGCGCACAUCAACAAAUACGCCUCCUUCUACAAACGCCUCUUCCCGACCUCGCGAAUUCUUCUCGUCACGACAUCCUCCUCACAUUUCCUAUUCCAGUCCUCAAAGUCCUGGGACGCGGAUCUAGAUCCCGCCGUGACGGCUCUUCUUUCUUUAUCAGGUCACAGUCAAGACCAAGUUCGAAAUCAAAGCCCAGAUGAACAGUUAGGAACAGAGAAAGGGAGCCAGAAAGUCCUACUUCAUGUGAUCUCUACCGGAGGCGCCACGGCGGCGACGAAGAUCGCGGAGGCGUACAUGGCAAGGUCUGGGAGAAGGCUACCUAUUGCGAAGAUGAUUCUGGAUAGUUGUCCCGGUGUACAGGGGUGGGGGAGUACGGUGGGGGCAUUUUCAAUUGGAUUAGCUGCAUCUGGUCAGGAUGGUUCGGUACCUUGGAGUUGGAGCUGGAUCUGGGGGAGAGUGAAAACUCCAAUGGUGGGUGUAGCAUUGAGGGUGUUCUUCGCUGCGUGGUUCCUGGGUGAGUUCACGAUGGGGAUCGAGAAUGUGGUGGGAGUGGUGAGGGGGAAGUUGAAUGUUAAGGCCCUGUUUAGAGAUGACGCGGCCAGGUUGUACAUCUACGGCGGGAAAGAUGAGUUAGUGCGUGCACAAGAUGUGGAGGACCAUGCGGAUGAGGCGGAGAGGGGGGGGUAUGAGGUGUUGAGGGUGCGGUAUGGGGACAGUGGUCAUGCGGGACAUUUGCUGCAGGAUGAGAGCAGGUUUCGCGCGAGUGUGAUGCAUUUGUGGGAUUCCGGGAUUUUGUCGGGGCCGGGUAUGGUUAUUUGUGCUUGGUAG